CGAACGUAUUCAUAAAUAGAGUCUUCAGAUUGAAACGAGGGUGAGACGCGAUUACAAGGAUAGUAGACAAUCAAAGGAGGGUUUCGCUGCAACUAUCACAAAUCAUCCUAGUACAUGAUGGCAAAGAAGGGUACAGAAUUUAUUCAUAGCACAGCCAAAGGGUUACAUGUGACAGAACUCAUGAAUUGGGAGUUGUCACAUCGUGGAGCAGCUGAUGACAAUUUCUGUGAAAGUUCUAAAGACAAGCAAGAGGAAGCAUUACGUCCCUGGUAUAUGUCUAGGAAAGAAAUAAUGGAAAACUCCCCAUCAAAAAAAGAUGGAAUUGACUGGAAGAAAGAGACAUAUUUGCGCAAGUCAUAUUGCACAUUCUUACAGGAUUUAGGCAUGAGGCUUAGAGUGCCUCAGGUAACUAUAGCAACGGCCAUAAUCUUUUGCCAUAAAUUCUUUCUUCAACAAUCUCAUGCAAGGAACGACCGAUGGACCAUUGCAACUGUCUGUAUGUUCCUUGCUGGGAAGGUUGAAGACACUCCUCGUCCACUAAGGGAUGUUAUUCUUAUUUCUUACGAGAUCAUUCACAAGAAGGAUCCUGCUGCCUUGCGCCGGAUAAAACAGAAGGAAGUAUAUGAGCAGCAGAAAGAGUUAAUUUUACUUGGAGAGAGGGUUGUACUUGCCACUUUAGGUUUUACCUUUAAUGUUCAACAUCCCUAUAAGCCCCUUGUUGAAGCCAUAAAGAAGUUCAAAGUCUCAAAAAAUGCACUCGCACAAGUUGCAUGGAACUUUGUUAAUGAUGGGCUGAGGACACCGCUCUGCUUGCAAUUUAAGCCACAUCAUAUUGCAGCCGGUGCCAUUUUCCUUGCUGCAAAGUUCUUAAAAGUGAAGCUUCCUUCAGAUGGGGAGAAGGCUUGGUGGCAAGAGUUUGAUGUCACCCCACACCAAUUGGAAGAGGUUAGCAAUCAAAUGUUGGAACUCUAUGAGCAGAAUAGAGUUCCACCAUGUCAAGGAAGUGAUGUAGAUGGAAGUGCAAGUGCUGGAGGGAUAACCAGAGCCGCAGCCAAGGGUCUUGCUAUGGAGGAGGAGCGAUCCUUGAAGCAAACAUCAUCUCAUUCAACCCCUGAGCAUACAUCUGCAGGAUAUUCUGAGGUGCCACUUAGAGGAACCGAAAACCGGAGCAAUGAUGAGAGUGCUGAAAUGGGUAGUGACAUUACUGAUCAUAAGGUGGACUUAGAACUCAGAGAGAGUCAGAAGUCUGAACAUUUGCCUAAGAAAGAUGACAAGGGUGAAGUGAUCAAUAUAUCUAACUCUGGGACUGAACGGAUAAGUGCAGGAGAUCAAGAUAGAAGGAAUGUAAUAAAAGAGGAUGCAGAAGUAGGAUGGAGGAAUGAUUCAGCAUCACACAAGUCAUCUAGCUGCAAUGCACAAAAUUUGGUGCUUCGGGACUCUGGGACUGAACGGAUAAGUGCAGGAGAUCAAGAUAGCAUGAAUGUAAUAAAAGAGGCUGCAGAAGUAGGAAGGAGGUAUGAUUCAGCAUCACACAAGUCUAGCUGCAAUGCGGGUCGAAAUCCGGUGCUUCGGGAAUGCCUACUUGAUCACUCAUCAAAAGAAGCAAUCAAGAUGAUUGAUAAAGACAAAGUGAAGGCCGCCAUGGAAAAAAGGAGGAAGGAGCGAGGGGAAAUGACAUUGAAGAAAGAUGUAAUGGAUGAGGAUGAUCUCAUUGAGAGGGAGCUUGAAAAUGGAGUUGAAUUCGCAGUUCAUGGUGAGAAAAAUAAGGAGAUAAGACAGAGCUGGUCUAAACCUGAUGAUGCUAAUGAUAAGGACCAUGAGGAAAACAGAAAUUCGAGACUGAAACACAAUGGCAUGAAGGAUCAGUUACAGAAAGACAUGGAUACCGAGAUUGUUGUAAAAAGGGACAUGAUGGAUGAUGCUUCAUCCUUGUUCAACAAUCGCAAGAGAAAGAGUGGGAGAUCACCGGCCAGGCAACCAGAGAUGAAAAGGCAGCGUGAUUCCGGUCACUACAAUGACCGCAGAAGGAAAUGGGAAAGCUGGAAUUAGUUAUGCAGACAUUGAACAUAUAGAAGGAAUGAAGAGGAAAAUCAUAGUUGAGGUGUAUAUUCUACUGUCCUUAUUUUUGGUAUUUUGAUUUUGUGUAGUCGCUUGCUAAUGAAUUUCGAUUAUUUUGGAUUACCUUGUUUGCCUCAUACAUUUCUUAUUUACG